AUGGCUACGCACGGGCUCCCAAAUCGGCUACCCGAAUUCAACGGCUCAUCAUGGUCAUCGUGGUUUGGACGCCUUCAAUUUUACUUCGAGGCUAACAACAUCACUGAUGCAGCAGUGAAGAGAGCCAACCUGCUAACGCUGUGUGGGGAGCAGACAUACGACACAGUCUGUGCCCUGAUUCAGCCACGCACUCCAGCAACCGUUGACUACGACGACAUCGUAGCAGCGCUACAAGAACACUAUGACCCAAGGCCAUCGGAGGUCUACUGUCGAGCCCGCUUCCAACGGCGAGACCAACUGGAAGGCGAAAAAGUGGCCGAAUACGUAGCGGCUCUCAAAAAGCUCGCUGCUGACUGCAAUUUCGGGACGUUGACCGCGACAACUUCAGCUGCUGCGCAGGAGGGAGGAUCGACUGCCACACCUGCUAACACCACUAUGCUCCCCUUGGACGUUAUGUUGCGUGACCGUUUUGUGUGCGGACUGCGUGACGAAGGCCUACAACAACGCCUGUUCGCGGAGACGGGUCUCACAUUCUCCAAAGCCUACAACAUCGCCCAACGAGCGGAGAGCGCCGGUCACCAGCAGAGGGAUAUUCGACGGAACGUCGAGCCGGUGCAUCACACCAGUGAGCAGUCAGGUCAUUCCACGUCUAAGGCGAAAUCAAGCAAAAAGACACAGCGCUGUUGGCGAUGCGACGACAUGCACGAUCCCCAGGUAUGUCGAUACAAGACAGCGACCUGCAAUUUUUGCCACAAACUGGGACACAUUGAAAAGGCAUGCAUCACGAAGCGCAAACAGCUCCGACCGAAGACUUCAGUGCAACGGAACAACAAUGUCGACGCACAGGAGGGCCAGACGCAAGAUAAAAGCCGAACAGCACUAACGUCAUCGGCACUAUAUGACUUGAACGCCGUUGUGAACCUCGGCACGAGACCGAAGAUUACGACUGAAAUCUUGGUACACCAGCGCCCUAUCAGGUUUGAGGUGGAUUCCGGAGCAGCAUGUACGCUCAUCAGCGAGGACACUUUUCGCGCCACUUGGCGUGAGAACGCACCAGCUCUCCAGCAAGACGACACGCAGCUGAGAACGUGGUCCGGACAUUCUCUUCCACUACUGGGCUGUGCCAACGUAGACGUGUACUACAACGGUCAGACCCAUCAGCUCCCCUUGCUAGUCGUUCACGGUUCUGGAUCAAGCCUUUUAGGACGAAAUUGGUUCACCCCUCUUGGAGUGGUCGUUGGCGGAGUUCACCACACACCCAGCUAUCCGUCAGUGGAGGAGCUUCAACAGAAGUACAAAGCGGUUUUCUCCGAAGAAAUACCUGGAAACAACGGACCUCCAGUCACACUGGAGCUUCGGGAGGAUGCGACGCCGAAAUUUUUGAAAGCUAGGUCGGUGCCUUUCGCCCUACAAACGUCAGUCGAGAAUGAGCUUGACCGACUGCAGAAACAAGAGAUCAUCGAACCGACGCAACAUUCGGAAUGGGCUACACCACUCGUUGUCGUCCGAAAGAAGAACGGUACCCUACGCCUCUGCGGAGGACUACCGGAGCACUGUCAACCUGGCGACAAAAGCAUCUUCCUACCCACUGCCGACACCGGAAGAGGUUUUUAG